AUGGCGGCUCCAGAACCCCUGCGGACCGGCGGCUUCAUGGCACGGUCUGGCCCGGUUGAGAUUAUCCUCCGCAUCCUUCAAUGCUGCCAUUCGACGCGAGACCUCCUAGCCCUGGUCUCGACGUGCCGGCACGUUUGCAACGUCUGGCGCGGAAAUGUCGCCGCGGCGCUCUGGCCCGUCUGGCUCCGCGAAAUCCCUCAUUUCCAGGACGCGCUCAGCGCGGCCCGCAUGACAGAGCUGGUGGUGCAGGCCGAACGCCGAGGAGAGUUGCCGCCAACGCGCAUCACGCCUGACCUGCUUCAGCGCCGGCAGCCAACGCUUUCGGAACUGAGGGCCGCUUUCGGUCUCCACCGACUCUCCCGUGCCAUCGCAGCAUGCUUGUGCAGCCUGGAUCUGACAUAUCCCGAUGACAGGCCGGGAGGGGACCUUAGGCCCCCCGAGGAUCCCGCCCGUAUGCCUGAGUGGACGGCCCGCGUCUCCCAUGCCGUGUUCCGACUUCUCAUCGUCGGCGCGGCGCUGGCGGGGGCUUACAAGGAACCCCUGUUCAAGGCCCUCGAGCACCCGGACCCCGAGAUCCAGGCUCUCCCGCGGCGUGUGCCACGGGAGCCCUCACACAUUACGUGGGAAUGGGCCAGGGACAACAAGCUUGGGCACAAGGAGAUGGCCUUUCUCCUUCAGUUUGCCGUCUGCGACCUGGACGCCUCGCUCGAGGCGCAGGACGCCGUCUUUGGCCCCAUCGCUGACUGGCUUCUGGAGAGCAUCCUAUCCGACAAGGAGUCUCGACAGGCCAUGGCGGACCGCUUUGAGCAACGCCGUGGCCGCGCGACAUACUGCCUCCACUGGGAAGAGUGGGAGGAGGAGGGACUUCAGUGUCCUGUGGGCCUCUUGACUGACGGCCGUGGCACCCACUCGGACGCGCAUCUUGUCGUCUGGGAGCUGAUGAAGAUGCUCUGGCUGGUUGAGCAAGUCCAUCCCAUAGCAGGUUCCUAUGGCGUUCUUGACCGCCUCACGUCCCGGCCCCCUUCAACAACGCAGGGUGUUAACGCCGGCGAGCACAGUCAGGGCCCGCUCGAAUCCGCAGUCGCGGUAUUCUUUGGAAUGUUCAGGGCCGAGGAGACGCUGCUCACGGCAAGACGGCUUAAAGGGCCCAUCGAAAACCUAAUAACGUACCCGGCGGUGCCCGAGACAAAGGAGGAAGGCUACGGCGAUGAAAAGCUCCCCAGUACCAUGAGCGUGGUGGUGUUCUUCGACUACAUCUUUAACAACUCCGGGCAACCGAAUCACAUUGUGGGACCGAAAUAUCUUGUUCCCCCGUUGGAACUCAAGUUUUUCGAGUAUUUCCUCCAGCGCCAUCUCGGGCUCUGCUUCAACGAUGGGGCUUUUAUAGACGACCCCGGGUCCGAGAGCGACGACCGGUCAUAUGAGCGGUUCGUCGAUACCGCAACUAUCUUCUCCCAUGACGAUGUCGAGAACCGCUGCGCAAUGUCCGACGCGCUGAACUUCGCCGACUUCCUUGACGGCUCCGAGAUGCUCACGAAAGUUCCCCAAGACUUGACGCGGAUUUACCUGCAAAGACGGCCGUGA